UGUUUGAAUCUGGGAUGCCAGCAAGUGAAAAUCGCCUACAAAGCGAAAGGAUUUGACGAGAAUGAAGUGCCUAUACAGGCAAUUUCGGGUGAACAUUUAGAAAUAUGUCCUCAAGGCUAUACCUGUUGUACAAAAGGUAUGGAGGACACCCUCGGGUCGGAGAGUAAGCGAGAGUACGAGAAAGUGGUACAGUCUUCCAUCCAACUCACACAAAAUUUAUUUGCUUCUAGAACAUCCAAAUUUGAUGAAUUUUUUACAGAACUUUUGGAAAAUUCAAAGACAGAUUUACAUGAAAUGUUUGUACGGACAUACGGGUUAAUUUAUCAGCAGAAUUCACAAGUUUUUGUGGACCUUUUCUCGGAUUUGAGAGGAUAUUACAAAGGAAAGGACGUGAAUCUGCUGGAAGCACUGGACAACUUUUUUAUUCGUUUGUUAAAAAGAAUGUUUCAACUGAUGAACUCGCAGUAUCGUUUCACGGAUUCUUAUCUCAACUGUGUGGUGGAACACAUGAAUGACUUACAGCCUUUCGGAGAUGUGCCCCUAAAAUUAAGAAAACAAGUUCAGAGGGCAUUUGUGGCCGCACGGACAUUUGUUCAGGGUCUUGCCAUUGGGCGCGAUGUCAUAGACGCAGUUGGAGAUAUUCCCCCUACCCAGGGUUGUACGCGAGCGCUGAUGAAGAUGAUGUACUGUCCCCACUGUCGAGGACUGACCACUACCAAGCCCUGUAACAACCUCUGUUUGAACACACUGAAGGGCUGUCUGGCUUACCAUGCUGAGCUGAACAAGGCAUGGAAUGCUUACAUCGAUGCCUUGAUUCUACUCGCUGACCGGUUGGAAGGACCAUUUAACAUUGAGAGUGUUGUGGACCCAAUUGAUGUCAAGAUAUCGGAUGCCAUUAUGAACUUUCAAGAACAUAAUCUGGAAGUGUCCAAAAAGGUCUUUUCUGGUUGCGGGGAACCUGUUCGAGGAAGGAAGAAACGUGAGACCGACGCAAAAAUGGAUAAUACAACUACAGUUCCUGUCGUGACAAAAGACCCUGUAACUGCUAAGCCCUACAUCGAGACAGAAACCAGCACAAGACAGGACAAAGAUCGAAGGUCAAAAGCACAAAGAGGGUCGAGUGGAACUGAUGAUUUCGCCUACGGGUCACCAUGGAGAUACAAACCCAGCAACUCUGGCAACAGGCCAAUCACAGCAGCCGGUACCAGUCUGGACAGACUCGUUGUGGAUAUUAAGAAGAAAAUCAACACCGUCAAAGAUUUCUGGGUGGAAUUGCCAUAUACUGUGUGCAACAACGAAGAUUUGGCCGCCCAGCCAGGGGAGGAGGACAAUUGUUGGAACGGCCAGGAUAAGGGAAAGUAUGUACCUUCAGUACAGCAGGACGGAGUGAUAAACCAAGUGAACAACCCGGAGGUGGACGUAGAUGUCACAAAAGCCAAUUCCAUGAUCAUCGUUCAAAUCAAACAGCUCACACUCAUCACUAAUAAACUGCAUAAUGCUUACAGAGGAUGGGAAGUCGAUUGGGUUGAUGUUGAACUUGAUAGUGAACUUAGCGGGAGUGGCAGUGGCAGUGGUUCUGGUAUGGAGACUUCAGAUGGUGGAGAGACAGAGAGCAAACCCACAGAUCCUUACUACUUUGUUCACUCCAAUCCAGGAACUCCGCCAACGAAAUCACAGCCACCACAGCAGACGACAACAAAACGUUACUUGCGCCCGUCAUCAUCCUCCAGCAGGCCAGUGCUGUCAAGCGCUGUGGUGCUUGCCGUGGUUAUAGCAUGCUUACAGCGGCACUUGUCGCAAUAAACUGUGUCCUGUCUCACACGCCCAACCCUAAGUUUUCUGUUUCUGUCCAAAAAAAAAAAAAACAGUUGAUGCUGAUUUAACAUUCAGCUUCCAGAAGAGACAAAUUUCGAACAUUGGAAGCUAGGACAGGAAGUGUUUCUAUGACAACUGACAUGACAGUGACCAUUUUAUGGUGUCUGAUCACCAAUCGUUCGCUGUACUUGAUGGCAACAUGAGUGUCCCAGGCUGCAGCCGUCGUCUCCAUGGAGACGACACUUGCCUUUUUAUUACCUCGUUAUAAUAUGAUUAAUCCAAUAUGGAGCGUCUCUACAUGGGUGAGCCAGCAGCUAUUGUUUUCUGAGCUGUUCGCGACGAGGGAUGCAAAGUUAGGAACACUGGACAGGCAUCGGCAUUUUGGGGCACACAGGCAUUGGGAAGAAACAGCAGUGGCCAUAAACAAGGGGAACUUCUUGCUCUGGGUGCUUUUGCAGACUUUGUGUGCAUGCAGAGGCUUAACAAGUUGUUACAGAAAGCAUCAAAGACUGUGCAUGCAUGGAUUUAAUGACUCUUCCCCCUACACCAAACUGUGACAGGACAAAGGCUAAGGGGAUGGAGGAGAAGUAUAAGAUGGUAUGUUGUGUUAUAUGAAACAAAGAAAGUGGUACCAGUGUUCCAAAGACUUGGAUAUGUGACGUGUUCAUCGUCUCCAGCAUUUAGAUGUUUAAACCAAAGGAAAUGGAUGAAUGUAGAACCGUUUUCAAGGUGAUAUGCGAUAUGCCCAUGUACCCAAGGUGGAAGGAGUAAACAAUUCCCUUAAUUACAUCUAUGUGCGGUGUCCAACUCCUUGCAUGGUUCGCUAGAAACGGCUUGCAAGAGUAAAAGGAACCUUCAAAGGUUUAAGGUUUAGGGCAAUAGUAAAAUUGAGUUAUACAGUGAUGAGAUUUAUGAUUCAACACUCUAUCUUGGCUCUAAAGUGGACAAUGGUCAAGAGAUGAUAAGGCUGUUUCAUUAAAGUUGGAUGAUUCUAGCCACUGUACCCAAACCCUGGAUUUGUAAUUGGCACACUUGAUGAUGAGCUUAUGGCUAACAACCUUGCAAAGCCAACCUAACAACCUUGCAAAAGCUCAACAGGAAAGAAGUUUAUGUUCAGUUUUUUCAUCAAGCAUUCUCUUGUCUAGGGCAGAAACACUGGAAGAGAGAUAAGUUUAUCCAGAAUCAUUGGAUAAGGAAAUGAUGUGCUGAAUAAUAGCCCUUGAGAUAAGUAACUCUUUAGUUACCAACAGUGGAGGAUUAAAAGGUCAUCCCUUUUGCUUGACCUGGAAUUAGCAUGUACUGGAACAUUCUUACAGAAAAAGGGCUGUUUUGUGGAUGAGACUUUGGGCCACUGUUCAGAAAGUGAUUGUAAAGGCUAUGUGCCGUGUCUGGUGUGGUCAACGAAUUUGUCGCUGAAAAACGUCAUAGAGUGUAUGUUAUUGUGAAAACAGGGUCGUAGUUUUCGUGUUAUGGUAGUGGAGGCCCCUGUGUCUUGUUCCACUGCUGUGCUUCGAAUAGCUUCUUGCGUGUUCC